CAACCUUCUGCUAUCCGGAGGGGCACCUUCAACCACCUCCGCGGUGCACUGGGAGCGGCGUUCUUAGUUGUGAAGAAGAAGUGGGGCAACAAAACACGUUUACACAGACAAGAUGUCCUUCCUCGGUGUCAGCAGGCUAGCGCCAAGACUUCUCAAUUCAAAGAAUGCCACCUACUUCCUUGUGGCAACCAGAAAUGCCAGCGCAUCAACAACAAGUCUGAAGGAUGUUCUGGCAGAUCUUGUACCCAAAGAACAGACCAGGAUCAAGAACUUUAAACAACAGUAUGGCAAAACCAACAUAGGACAGGUUACUGUUGACAUGGUCUAUGGAGGUAUGAGAGGGAUGAAGGGUCUGGUGUACGAGACCUCUGUUUUGGAUCCUGAUGAGGGCAUCCGUUUUCGGGGUUACAGCAUUCCAGAGUGUCAGCAGUUGCUCCCUAAAGCUCCAGGAGGUGCGGAGCCACUGCCUGAGGGCCUCUUCUGGCUGUUGGUCACAGGGCAGGUGCCCACUGAGGAGCAGGUGAACUGGGUUUCCAAAGAGUGGGCAAAAAGAGCUGCACUUCCCUCUCAUGUUGUCACCAUGUUGGACAAUUUCCCCACAAACCUGCACCCCAUGUCUCAGUUCAGUGCUGCCAUCACAGCUCUGAACAGUGAGAGCAACUUUGCACGGGCUUAUUCUGAGGGUGUCCACAAGUCCAAGUACUGGGAGUUUGCCUAUGAAGACUCCAUGGACUUGAUUGCAAAGCUGCCAUGCAUUGCAGCUAAGAUCUAUCGCAACCUGUAUCGUGAAGGCAGCAGCAUUGGAGCCAUCGACUCCAACCUGGACUGGUCCCACAACUUCACCAACAUGCUGGGCUAUAGUGAUAAUCAGUUCACUGAACUAAUGAGACUCUACCUCACUAUUCACAGUGAUCACGAAGGCGGCAAUGUCAGUGCCCACACCAGCCACUUGGUGGGCAGUGCCCUGUCUGACCCAUACCUGUCCUUCAGCGCUGCCAUGAAUGGUCUGGCUGGGCCACUGCACGGCCUGGCCAAUCAGGAGGUGCUGGUGUGGCUGACUGCACUGCAGAAGGAGUUGGGAGGAGAGGUGUCUGAUGAGAAGAUGAGGGAUUACAUCUGGAACACACUCAAGUCUGGAAGGGUGGUGCCUGGCUACGGUCACGCUGUGCUGAGGAAGACUGACCCGCGUUACACCUGCCAGCGUGAAUUUGCCCUGAAGCAUCUCCCCAACGACCCCAUGUUCAAGUUGGUUGCCCAGCUUUAUAAGAUUGUACCUAAUGUGCUGCUGGAGCAGGGCAAGGCCAAGAAUCCCUGGCCCAAUGUGGACGCUCACAGUGGAGUACUGCUGCAGUAUUACGGAAUGAGUGAGAUGAAUUACUACACUGUGCUCUUUGGCGUGUCCCGAGCCCUCGGUGUGCUGGCUCAGCUGGUAUGGAGUAGAGCCUUGGGCUUCCCCUUGGAGCGCCCAAAGUCCAUGAGCACAGAUGGACUGAUGAAUCUGGUGGGAGCCAAGUCCGGCUGAGGAACCAUCUUAGAUGAGCUUGGGGGUUAGUGUGAAGGGUGGGAGGAGGUGGAAGUUUCAAAAAGGCAGACAUAAGUUGACCCCGUCAUUUCCAACCCCAGGGAUUCAAAGAGACGGUACACUUUUAAAUGUAAUUGUACUUAAAAAGGGCCUUUUAGUGUUUAAAUAAAUAUAUUUAGUUAACUACAGCAUUUUCCCGCCAUGUCUCCAUAUUUCAAAUAUGUGAGCGGAAGGCUUCAGAUGCAUACAUGUAAACCCAUAGUAAGCUCAAACGUCUGCUGUUAUCACAGAGAUUCUCACCUUUGCAGCACCCAUGUGUUUGUUAUUGAGCACUGGGUCUCAGCUAUGACUAGGCAGUGGUAUUCAAAGGGAAUUGUGGGAGUACAUUGGUUAGUUAAAACAUCUGAAGUUAAAUAUCUGACUCAGCCUUCCUUGCUUUUGGCCAUUGCACUGAUUUGUAUUGGAUUUCAAGCAAAAGACCAUAUCUUUUUUCAACUCAUCAAGAUACUCAGCUUUGUUUUUCUGCUAUGCAACAUUCCCAGAUGUCGUCCCCACUCCUGUUUCACUCCCAUGUAUGAACACUCCAGUUUAAAAGAAGGUCCUCACAAGUAAAAUCAACAAGCUGUUCAAGAUCAGCAAUGGCAAUUGAUAAGUUCAUGGCUCAAGGAAAGACGAGUUAAAUUUGUAGAACCUUGCACAUUUAUGUUUAGCAGUCAUCUUACACACUUGGGUCUCAUUGUUCUUCAAUGUGGUGACCGCAGUCGUCGUCCAGGGUCUUUCUGCUAAAUUUGAAUUCAGCAGCCACCCUCCUCUUCAUCUGGCUCUAAGAAGAGUUUCCUCUCCUGAAGAUGCCACAUUUUCCUGGUGGACUUCUUCAGGUGAAGAGCUCUUGAGACCAAGGUCAAUGAUGUCCAUUUUGUCUAGCAGAAAUACCACAAGAGUUGCUGACUUCAUUCUUUUUUUUUGUAGUCUCAUAAGAGUUGAAUUGUAUGUGCAAGUUAACGGAGCCAUGAACUUAUCACUCGCCAGUGGAACAUUAAAAAGCAUGCAAAUCAGUUAAGGAUAUUGCCCAUUUAAAUCUUAAGUCUCCCUACAUUUGUUUUUUAUUUAAUAUUAACCUACAUUACCUCUAUGAUCAAAAUAACUGUGUUGUCUAUUUUCUUAAAUAAUGCUUUCCUGUUUUGUUUCUGCUCUAUUGGUAGAGAUGACAAUAAUGUACAGUAAUCAUGGUCAUAAUAGAGUUCUGAGCAAAGGGUGUUGUAAUUGGCAGCCUGUAAUAAAUCCUUAAGAGCAAGCUUGAAUACAUGGGAGGGGUGGUAUGGGGUCUCUGGUAAAGUCCUGUCUUAGCUGAGUGUGUGUUUGUUACUUUAUCCCCACAGGAGAGCGCUUUAAACAUCGAAUACUCCAAAAUGAGCACUUGCUUGAUUGGUUUCCCUUAUUUAUAGAGGUAGACACCCCCCUGGUUGAUUGUGCCCGAUUUGUUUUGGUCUUGAAUAUGUAAAAAUCUAUAAUCUUUGGGUUCUCAUUUUGUGGUUUUAUUUAUACUUGUGUACAUAAAUAUAUGUAUAAAUCUAUGUAUAGCUUGAAUGUAUGAGCUCGAUCACAUGCUGAUAAUAGCCACAAUGAUUACCAUAGUUUAGCCAGUGUAGUCGUGCCCCGCCUCACUGUAGUGUUCAGUCUCACUGGUCACUGAAAUUUUUGACAACGAACAAAAAGAAGCUGCGGCUGCAUUGUAUACAUAUAAUUUUAAUGCGUAGUUCUGUGGGCUUAGUCGGUGCUGUUUUUUUCAGGUUUUUCACUUAAAUGUUUCAAGCUUGCUCUUAAGCCCUGGGUUUGUCAGCACUCCAUUUUUUUGUAUAGGUCAAGUUGUUGCAUCUUGCACCUACUCUUGCUGUGUUAGUCGGUAGUUCGAGCUCUCUGCUCUGCUUUCAUCUUUCUUCUGACUUUGUCACGUGUGAUCUGUGUGUUCGUGAUCGUAGUGUUUCUUCCAUGUGGCCAUUUGGUGGAGAGAUUAAGUUAUUUUGAUCAUAGAGGAGCGUCAAGGUUGUCCAUGAUAACUGGUAGAAUUCGUUUGCGGAUGGAUUCAUGAAAAUAAACACUAUGUGGGAAUGGGGCUGGGUGGGUCAAAUGGAGAGAAAAGUUUGAAGAGCAAAUAUUGGAAAAACCUAAAAAAAAAAAGGAAAAUAAAGGUUUUUAUUAACAUCUG